CUUUGGAGGAAGACGACAAACAAAACAAACAUCACCACCACCUGCUGUGUCCUCGUCCACACCUCCAGCCUCAACCCCGAUCCAUCAAUUGAUCCCCCCUCCCUUCAUCCAUCUGGACACGCGCGGUUUGACAGUAGAGACACGUGACAGAGCCCCCAAGCAAGGAUGCAGUCGCUGCGGGAAGCGCUGUUUCGCCGAAGCGAGGAGCCAGCUUCCUCCACAUCGACAACGACAACGGACGGAUCGUCAUCGCCCGCAUCGUCGUCUUCAAGCGCACCGCACACGGGCAAGGAACAGGACGCCAAGCACAAGCCACAUGCACAGGAUGAUGGAACCCAUGCACAGUCACCCAAGAAGGCUACCCCGCGAGCCAAAGCCGUGCAGCAGGAGCAGCGCAGCAGAUCAAGCUCCCUGUCCGCGAUGUGGAGGAGGACCAUUGGCUCCAGCGAACGGACGGAGCAGGAGGUGGCCCGGACCUUGCUGUCGCUCAACCCAUUCACAGAGGUGCAACUCCUGAUUCCAGACAGCGCAUCUGUCACCAAGCUGCUCAAGCUGGAUGACCACCGCUUGCUCUCUGUGAGCGAGAACACGGCACAAGUCUGGAGCACAGACCACGCCCAGCUGCUCUCCACCCUGCAAAGCCACACACGACCCAUCACCUGCGCGGCGAUGGUCCACAAGACAGUCGUCACCGCAUCGCACGAUGAGACCAUCAGGCUAUGGGAUCCAUCCUGCGGCGAGUGCAGAAACACCAUCUCCGUGCCGGACGACGUGAUCCGGGUGCUGGCGCCCGUGAACGACACGACAUUUUGCUGUGGCGGCCAGCAGCUGUAUGUGUUCAGCUGCCACGGCAAACUCGUGGCAAAAGCGCCGCAAGAGAACCCGGACCUCGCCUUCCACACGCUGCUGGUGUUGCGCCGUAACCAGACCAUAUUGGGCGUCGUCACAGACUCGCACCAGAUCUGGGAGAUUGCGCUUGAUGGAGAAGGGACACUGGCACCAUAUGUGAGCGGGGACCACAGGGAACAUGGCUCCAUCUUAAAGCCGCGGCAACUCAAGCGCGACCACGAACGCCCCAUCACGUGUCUUGCGGAAAUCACCGAGAACCUGUUUGCAUCCGGCUGUAAGGACGGCUCCGUGUUUCUGUGGCUGGCGCGCUCGCUCACGCUGUGUAAGGUGCUGGUGAAUGCCCCCGAGGUGUUUUACGAUGAGGCAACAAAGCUGUACACACGCUCCGUCAACUUUAUUCUGCCGCUCCCAAACCAACACGCCGCCAUCGCCCUCAAGAACGGCUUUCUCGUGGUGUCCAUCCAAGAUCGAACAGUAUGUGCUGAGGUGGAGGACGCACAUCUGGGAGAAAUCCACAAGAUGGCCCUCAUUCACAACGGCCACUUCCUCCUCACAUGCAGCUCAGAUGCAGUCAAGCUUUGGUGCAUAUCGCAGUUUGCGCUCAACGCAGCGCCGCGCUCUGGUGAACAAAUGUGCAAAUUGCUCGUACAGUCGCUGUCAACAGCAGAGAACCCACCACCGGGGCAGCAGCACACCACGCACGACACAGGCGCCCUCCCUCGCCCCCUACGCAAGAACAUGGGCACCCUCGACCCCCACAGGCCGCUGUGUAUUGGCGAGAUGAAGGUGCACGCGGACCCCAUCGCAGACUGCGAAACCAUAAGCUCGUACAUGUUCGCAACCUGCAGCUCAGAACAGAUGAUUUGCUUGUGGAAGAACGGGGCGUAUUCGUGGAGAAACGCAAACUUGCUGGCAACGCGCGAGCUCAAGGACUCGUUCAGAUUUUAACGCGCUUGAAGGCUCCAUGUACAAAUGCCCUCCUUACUCCAAGCAUGUUGCUUGUGCUCUCUGCUGUCUGAGCUUGUGAUGCGCAACACACACACACUUUCCGUCCGCAUUUCUGUGUUGACGAGUGCUGGUCACUCGAAGAACCGCACAUGUACCAGUUUGCUCGUUGCGUCAAGUGAACUCGUGAAUAGUCCAGUUGUAUAUCUCCCUCAUCAACCUCGCCUGCUGCGCAGCCAUGGUCUGAGUGAUCGUUUGCGCAAGUGCCGUGAGCU